AUGCUGUCCCGUGCCAACAGUGACGCUGCUCUACGCCUACGCCGAGCCAAGUCGUCAUCCUCGAGCAGCCACAGACCCUUCGAGCCAUCGAUAUCGAACGAGCUUAGGUAUGCAGAGGUUGCCGCUGUGGAGGCCUACACGCGUGCAUACCGCUACUCACAAGGUGACCGACCUCAACGACGUCGCUCUCGACGCUCUGAGGGCAGCCAUUUCGAUGACAACCGACGCAAGUCUACGCAGAAGCCUGAGCGCUUUGAACGUCCUGCACUGGUGUCUGGAUCUGCAACUGCUCCCGCAACUGUACCAGCGCGACCACCAACUCGGCAGUCUCUGUUGCCAGAUACACCUUAUCGAUUUGCUCUCGAAGCCUCCAACGAUCCUACAGUCACCAUGACAGAUGUGUCAGAGUCACGACUCAGCACAGCCUCCAGACGACAAACUCGUGAUCUGCAGACGGAUGAUGAGAUCAAGACAGCUGCUUGGGACGCCUACCUCCAGGGAUUCCACAAGAAGGAGGUCCGCGAGAGGAAAUCUUUUGCUGCUCCCCUGAAGAAACGUUUCUCAAAGUCACCGACUCCAGCACCCUCCAUCCACUAUGACACGUCAGUACCACCCUACAAUUGUGAUCAAGAAUCCAAUGAUAUCUUCUCCAUUGCUCCGCCCAUUGAGAUCAAGCCCGAAGACGAGCCUGAAGCUCCUGCCAAACUGAAGAAACAACGGACUGUCUCCGAGUCACUCAAAGGCAGAUUCAAAAGGCUUUUGUCAAGGUCGAAGCGAGUGCAAUCACAAUUCCCUGCCCAACACGUAGAAGCGAGGAACCUCCACUUCGAUGUCUACAAGACAAACGACGACAGCUUCUCUGGUGGUCCAGACUUUGGAGUGUCUCUUCCUAGAUCACCUUUCUCUUCUCUGGGUGCUUCUUCGGGCGCACAAUCACGAAUCACGAGUUGGUCCAACUCGAUAAAUUCGCGCGGCAAACGCCUGCCCUCGAUAGACGAGACUUCAGCACCCCCAGCUCUUGCUUCUACUCCAGAGGAAGCACCGACCGGCUCGUUUCUCGGUCGAGCUUUACGACUUCCACUCCGUCGCCCCAGCCAGACCAACCUCCAACGCAAGUCAGAAGACAGCAAGCGCUUGUAUGAUGCACUGCAGAGACGCAUCAAUGGUCCUGAAGUGCCGAUCAUCGUCGUAGAGGAGGUUGUACCACAACCACCUGCUGUCGUGUUCAACGACUCUCCACCAAUAUCGCCAGCCUCUGAGACGAUUCGGAUGGUCACCCCAGAACCUACCAUUCUCGAGUCUCCUACGCGUCCGGCUCCCAGUCCACCACAUCAAGUGACCCGAAAGUCGUCGUGGUGGAGUAUUGCGCCAAGCAUACGUUCAAAGAAACGCCGUCCAGCAGAACCAGUUGCGCCAUCAAACGAGCAGAUUGCUGCUCGUGUGGAGAGAUCAGAGAACCGUUGGCAGGCCGCGUUAGAAGAUGGCCCACCCGUUGUUUCACGCGCUCUCAACUAUUGUAUGAAAGGCGAUAAUCCAUAUGAAUUGCGACCGUUGAAGAACGUCAACGACUCCAGCUUGCCUGUUGCUGUCCGUCACGAAUCCCACGACGCUGCUGCAUCAACGUUUAACAACGGCGCAGAUCUUCAUGACCUUCGACAGCAGGUCAUUUCGCCCAGUAUAUACUCGAGGUCCGUCUCUCCUGAUGCUGUUGGCACGUUUAUCACAAUCACCGGGCGCGAGGUCAAGCGUUAUCCUCUCGACUCGCCNCCACGGGCUGUGAAUGGACCUGCCACCUACGCACCAAAACCAAGUAAUGAGUGGAGAGCCUGGUUCAGCAAAGGGAUUGAAGACUUCAGCAUGACACCUGCACCUAUUGGAGACACUGUUCUGGCUGGACCUGACUAUUCUUUGAGUAACGACAACCCUUACAAUUCGAAGGAAAGCCUGCAGGAGGAUCCACCAGUGCCUCAAGCCUCGAAGAAUCGACCCGAGUUACGUUCUCGUUCAUCCAGCAUCAUGAAUGAGCGAUAUCCUUUGAUCGAUACCGGGAGGCCAUCGAGCAGGGCAUCGGGUCGUCGUACCAAUCCUUCUAGCACAUCUUCUGGACGGUCUGCUUCAGGAUCCGGAACAUCUGUCGCUGAACGGGCAUCCAGCAAAGCGAGUCAGCGAGGCGAUGCAGAUCAGUCGGUCAUGUCUUCAUCAAUCGUCCGAGAACGACAGUCAACAAGUGCACUUGUCCGCAAAAAGUCAAGCCUAGCCACUCGUGCUGCGCGUCAUGGUUAUGGUCCCUCGAACAACGAGAUCGAAUCUGCAGGCAGAGAAGAUCCUGUCAAGGCUCCAAAGUCGGCACUGGACCUCCGUGUCAUGUAUCGCAACAAUCGCAACCUGGAAGCUUCGAGUCUCAACAUUCGCCGUAGAGCCGUGGCACCAACGGCAUUCGAUGAUACGUUGCGUCGAAUCUCAGAGGGUCCUUACGCAGCUGACAGUAAAGAGAACACCGCACCUCCAAGACCUUCUGGUAUGAUUGAUGGCAUAACGAUUCCUCCAUUCUACACACCAACCAAGGACUCAUCAAAGAGCAAAGGAUCCUCGCCCGGACAGCAGAUGGUGGAUGAGUUUUUGAACUCGAGGAAAACACAGAUGGUUACAAAUCCACCUCCAGCCUUCAUAUAA